AUGUCCUCCCAUUUGAUCAAGUCCCUGGUGGCCGUCUUGGCCCUGUCUUCGGCGGCCGUCCUCGCGUCGGAGGCCACCACCGCUGCCCUGCAUGAGCAGGUGGCCCUGGAGAAGUCCAUCGAUGCGCGCCUGUCGCUGGCCGAGCAGUUCGCGUCGGACAUCAACUCCGCCGUUGUCCCCUCCUCGGAGCGUGCUCGUCGCGAGGCCCAGCGCGAGUCGGAUGCCCGCAUCCUUCGGACCCGUGGCAUCCAUGAUAUGCUCAAGCGCGUGGAUCUGGUCGCGCCGCGCAUUCAAACGGUCGAGGCCCGCGGCGCCGCUGCCGGCUCCGCCCCGCCCACCAUGAAGCUGGUUCUCUCCAGCGAGCGCGACGAGUUCCAGUUCGACCUGAUCCACAACAGUGACCUGUUCAUGGCCGGGCCCUCGGUCGGCCAAUUGAACCCCCGCCUGAACCGGGCCUACAAGGGCCGCGUCACCCGCCAGUCCGACGGCAAGACCAGCUCCGUGGUGGCCAUCACCUGGAACGACAAGCGCCUGGAGGGCUUCUGGCGCUUCGACCAGGAGGACGGCUGGUGGCAUGUGGCCACCGAUGAGAAGAGCCUCAUCGCCCGCGAUGCCAACCACGCCAUCGUGUACCACGAGUCGGACCUCACCGAGGCCGCGGCCAAGCAGCUCCAGCGGCGGACGUGCUCGGCCCGCGCGCCCACCGUCACCAUCGAGGGGGCCCCGGCGGCCGCGACCAAGAAGCAGACCGCGCGCACCCUGCUGGAGGAGGAUGCCGUGGGGGCCCCGGCGGCCGCGACCAAGAAGCAGACCGCGCGCACCCUGCUGGAGGAGGAUGCCGUGGUGACGGCCGCCGACGCCAUGCGCGCCUCGCCCGAGGCCGCCGCCGCCACCCUGGCCACCACCAUGGAGGCCCGCGCGGAGACGCCCCUGUACAUGGAGCUCAGCAUGAUCGGCGACUCGUAUCUGUUCAGCCGGUAUGGCAGCGAGGCGGCCGCGCAGCAGCGCCUGGUCGGCGUGGCCAACGGCGCGGCGGUCCUCUAUGAGAAUGGCGACAAGGUCUUCUGGCGCCCCCUGCGCCUGGUCCUCACCCGGACCGAGGCAUUCUCCUCGGACCCCUUCAACUCCUCCAGCGAUGCGGACCGCCUGCUGCCGAACUUCUGCAACUGGCGCUACAGCAAGAUGAACGGCGAUGUCGGGCAGCUGCUGACCGGCCGUGAUCUGCAGGUCGACGGGGACUAUGGCGUCGUGGGGUAUGCCCCUCUGAAUGCCAUGUGCUCGCCAACCUCCUGCGGCAUCAACGAGGACACCGUCGCCUCGCUGGCUUUCACCGCCGAGACCGUGGCCCAUGAGAUUGGCCAUACGCUCGGUGCCAACCAUGAUGGCGAUGGCAACAGCUGCCCCAUCACCGGCUAUGUCAUGGCCUGGGCCAGUGCCCCGGGCAAGCUCAGCCAGGAGUGGAGCACCUGCAGUGCCCGGUCCAUUGAGUCCUACGUCAAGUCCCUCGGGGCGGACAACUGCAUGACGAAUGUCGUCAACUACGUGGCCCCGACCAACAUCCAGGGCAACUGCCUCGGACGCCCGGUGGCUGAUGGCACCUACUGCGAGGCAGAUGGGACUUUCCUGUGGUGCCCUCGCGGUGCGCGCGGCUUCUGCCCGACGAACUUCUCCUGCGUCGCCACCAGCACCUCUUCGGCUGUGUGCCAGAAUGCCAACGGCGAGACGGCCGAGCCGAUCGUCGGGCCCACCCCCACCAAGCGCCCCAACUCCGCCGCCAUGCGCUCGCCCCUCGGCGGGCUGGCCGUGUCGGCAGCCGCUGCCGUGGUGGCCGCGUGUCUUUCCACCAUCCUGUAAGGUCCCCUAGAGAUGUGCCAUUUUUUCGAUCCCUCGCGGGAGAUCAUGAAUGAAGGCUCGCGCGCGAGCAACCACCCCCCACACUCCCCCACCCGCGCAUACACGGAGCACAGAGAUAGGGGGAAAGACCCGACAAGAGAUCUAUAUAUAAUAUACACACCUUCAC